UGCUGCACGAAAAAUGGAACUGCAAGUUUGUAUGUUGCGUGCCUCUUUUGGGUAUCCAUAAGCUGUCGGAAAACUACGAGCCAGCUUGGUUACGAAAGACACUUCUUGAAGUGUUGUUCUAGAUGAUGUGAGUGACAAGAUGCAGUUAAAAUAUCUCCUGGAUGACCUCAGCUGGAUUAAGAAGGGAAGCAAGAUUGUUAUUACAUCUUGUGACAAGUCAUGGAUUCAAGAAUUCGUUCAUGAUACCUAUGUGGUACCUCCGUUGAAAUAUGGAGAGGCCUUGCAGCUCUUUAGCUAUCAUGCAUUUGGUGAUCAUGUCUUUCAUCCCACUGUAACUUCCAUGAAGCUAUGCAGAGAGAUUGUGGAUUGCGCUGGUGGCAACCCACUUGUUAUCAAGUUGCUGGGCAAGCAACUUCAUGGGAGAGAUGAGUCUCUAUGGGAAAUGAGUAAAGGUGAUUUGACACACCUCGACCUCGGCAUGAUGAUUUUAGAUAUUUUUAGAUUCGGUUAUGAUUUGAAAGACACGCAGAAAGACGUGUUUCUGGACAUAGCGUGUUUUUUCAGAUCAGAGGAUGAUAAUUUUGUUAGAAGCAUACUAGACUCACGACACCAUGAUGCUGAAAAUGAAAUAAGAGAUCUCACUCAUAAGGGCAUAAUUUCUAUCUCCGGCUACCGAGUGGAGAUGCAUGAUCUACUGUACAUGUUCGGCAAGAUCUAUAGCUCUCAAGCAUUGAUUGAAGAAAAUGGAGGGAAAAUUAGACUGUGGUUUACUCAGGAAAUUAUUGAUGCACUGGUCAAUCAAAAGGAUACGGAGAGCAUGAGAGGCAUUUUUCUAGACAUGGCUGACGUAACAAAGGGAAUAGUAUUAAACAGACACACCUUCAUCAAUAUGCUCAAUCUUCGAUAUCUCAAAAUAUAUGAUUCCUGUUGUCCUCGGCCAUGUAAAGAUGUCUACAAGUUAUCCUUUCCUGAUGGGCUUGAGUUCUCCUUGGAAAAGGUUCGAUAUCUUCAUUGGGUGAAAUUUCCAAUGAAGGAACUACCUCCAGACUACAGACCAGAGAAUCUUGUUGACCUGAGGUUGCCUUACAGCAAGAUUGAACGUAUUUGGCAAGGUGCUAAGGAUACACCAUGGCUGAAGUGGGUGGAUCUACGCCACUCGAAAAAGUUGGUCAACUUGUCAGGAUUGGCAAAGGCUGAAAGUCUUCAGAGACUAAAUCUAGAAGGCUGCACGAAUUUAGCUGAGUUGCCAGGAGAAAUGCAAAAUAUGAAGUCUCUCGUCUACCUAAACCUGAGAGGAUGCAUACGUAUUUGGUCGCUUCCUGAGAUGAAUUUAACCUCUCUGAAAACUCUCAUCCUCAGCAAUUGCUCAAAACUCAAGGAAUUUCGAUUAAUUUCUAAAGGUCUAGAAGUUCUACAUUUAGAUGGCACUGCAAUCAAGGGACUCCCUCCAUCCAUCGGUAACCUCAGCAGUCUAGUCUUGUUCAAUAUGAAGAACUGCAAAAAGUUGGAGUAUCUUCCCAACUGUCUCGGCCAGCUCAAAGUUCUUGAAGAGCUAAUACUCUCAGGCUGUUCACGCCUUAAAAAUAUUCCAGCUGUUAGGCAAAACAUGAAGCAUGUUCAAAUUUUACGUCUUGAUGAGACAGGAGCGAAAAAGAUGCCAAAAAUAUCGUGCUUCACUGGAUCAAAAGGCCGAGCUUCUGUAGAUAUGUCCGAACUGCGACAUCUAUGUUUGAGUGGAAAUGAUUUCGCCAGCCUGCGAAAUGACAUCGGAAAACUUUACAAUCUGACAUGGCUUGACGUGAAGCGAUGCAAGAAGCUCAGAUCUAUUCCGAUGCUUCCACCAAGACUUGAGUACUUUGAUGCUCAUGGCUGUGAUUCACUGGAAAAUGUUGCACAUCCUCUCGCCCUUCUAGCUGCGACGGAGCAGACACAUGCUGUCUUCAAUUUUUCUAACUGUUACAAACUGACACACGAAGCAAAAGAUAAUAUCAUAUCCUAUUCUAGGCGGAGAAGCCAGUUAAUGCUAAGUGCACAAAGUCGAUACAAUGAGGGUUUUUCCUCGGAAGCUUUGACUCGAACUUGCUUUCCUGGAGGGGAAGUACCGGAAUGGUUUAGUCAUCGAGGCUCUGGAUCAGUAUUGGAACCACAGCUUUCUCCACAGUGGUGGGACAGCAGGUUUACUGGGAUAGCUCUAUGUGCUGUUAUUUUAUUUCCUGCCUACCUUGAGCAGAGGAAGCGUGUUUUGGUAAAUUGUAAUUUUGAGUUCAAGAAGGACGACGGGUCUAGUAUCCAUUUUAGUUGCACUGUCGGAAGUUGGAACGAAAUAAGUAACAAACAAAGUGAAAUGGAGUCAUCUCAUGUCUUUAUUGGCUAUACCAGUAGGUUGGAUAUCAACAAACAUGGUGGGUAUGAUGAAGAGGGAUGCUUUUGUACUAAAAGCUUCUUUGAGUUUCAAGUGACAGAUGGUACAGAGAAUGUAGUAGGCUGUCAGGUGCUUCAGUGUGGCUUUAAUUUGGUAUAUGCAACCGAUGAAAGGGAGAAUAUAUGUUGGGAUGCAAAGACUCUGGUAAUUCCAAAGAGGAUUAAUUAUGCUACAAGGAGGCUUAGGCUUCAAUUAUACGGACACGGCUUUGGGAGCAAAGGAUCCGACCUUUCAGAAAAUAAAAGAGGAGAAAUGAGCUCUAGACAUCACAUCACACCUUCAGAAGAGUCCAAUACGAAGAUCAACAAUGUCUUGAGAUUACUCAUUGAUCAACUUAAUGAGCGGCAGAAAGACGUUUUGUUUGACUUGGCGUGUUUUUUCAGAUCAGAGGAUGAGUAUUUUAUUAGGACUCUAUUUGAUUCUGAAAAUCCCGACUCUGUGAGUGAAGUAAGAGAUCUUGCUGAGAAGUUCUUGAUUACCAUCUGUGACGGCCGGGUAGAGAUGAAUGAUCAAGUCUACAUGGUUUCUAAGGAACUUGGUUCCUCCGGGCGGCUUAGGCUGUUGAAGUACACAGAUAUACUCGACAAGUUGAGGGAAAUGAAAAGUUUGCCGGAGAAUAAUAAUGUGAGAGGUAUAUUCUUGGACUUGUCCGAAGUAAUGCAAAGCAUUGCCAUGGAAAGUAUGACCUUCAUCAAUAUGCGCAAUCUUCGAUACCUUAAAAUAGAUGAAACAUGUUGUCCUGGGAAAAGCGAAACUGACUGCAAACUGCAGUUCCCUGACGGGUUUGACUUCCCCUUGGAAGAGGUCCGAUAUUUCCACUGGCUGAAAUUUCCAUUGGAAGAACUUCCAAGAGACUUUAAACCAGAGAAUCUUGUUGAACUUAGGCUGCCUUACAGCAAUGUUGAACGUCUUUGGAUAGAUGUUAAGGACACACCAAGGUUGAAGUGGGUAGAUCUAAGCCACUCGAGUAAGUUGCUUAACUUGUCAGGAUUGGCAAAGGCUGAAAGUCUUCAGAGAUUAAAUUUGGAAGGCUGCAUAAAUUUGGAUGAGUUACCAAGGGAUAUGCAAAAUAUGAAGUCUCUCGUUUACCUGAACAUGAGAGGAUGCACUCGUCUUAGGUCUCUUCCACAGAUGAAUUUGACCGCCUUAAAAACACUUAUUCUCAGUGAUUGUUCAAACCUCAAGGAAUUUCAGGUAAUUUCCGAAAGUCUAGAAGUUCUACAUUUAGAUGGGACUAUCAUCAAGGGACUUCCUCUAGCCAUCCAGAAACUCGAAAGACUUGUCUUAUUGAAUUUGAAGAACUGCAAAAUGUUGGAGUGUCUUCCCAAUUGUCUUGGCAAGUUAAAAUUGCUUGAAGAGUUGGUACUCUCUGGUUGUUCAAGACUUAAGAAUCUUCCAGAUAUCAGGUAUAGCAUGAAACAUGUACAGACUUUACUCUUUGACGGGACAGAAGUAAAUGAGAUGCCAAACAUAUCGUGUUUCAUUGGAUCCCAAGACCAUGCUUACAUAGAUAUGUCUUUCCAACAUUUCGGCUCAUACUGCAGCCCUAGCGAAUGGCCACAAAGUGUUAACAGAGUAUCCUCACUGCGACGUCUAUGUUUGAGUGGACAUGGCUUUGUCAACUUGCAUAAUGACAUUGGGCAUCUUUACAAUCUGAGAUGGCUUGACGUGAAGCAAUGCAAGAAGCUUAGAUCUGUUCCCAUGCUUCCGCCAAGACUCGAGUAUUUCAAUGCUCAUGGCUGUGAUUCACUGGAAAGAGUUGCAAAUCCCCUUGGCAUUCAAAUUCUGACCGAGCAGAUCCAUGCCACCUUCAAUUUUUCCAACUGCAACAAGCUGGAUCAAGAUGCAACAGAUUCUAUCAUAUCUUAUACACAGUGGAAAAGCCAGUUGAUACUAGACGCACGAAGUCGAUACGAUGGGGGUUUUACUUUGGAAGAUUCUGUUGGAACAUGCUUUCCUGGAUGGGAAGUACCAGCAUGGUUCAGUCACCGAGCCUCUGGAUAUUUGUUAGAACCAAAGCUGCCUCCACACUGGUGUGACAGCAGGUUUACAGGAAUAGCUCUAUGUGCUGUGGUUCUAUUUCCUGGCCACGAACACCAAGGGAACCGUCUUUCUGUGAAAUGUAAUUGUGAGUUCAAAAGUAAAAAUGGAUCCCGUAUCCGCUUCAGUUGCACUGUUGGAGGUUGGAUUGAAAAAGGUAACACGAUUGAGUCUUCUCAUGUUUUUCUGGGCUAUGCCAGUAAAUUGGAUGUCAGAAAAAUUUGCCAAGACAACAACAAUGAGGAGGGCUGUAGGCACACAGAUGCGUCGUUUGAAUUUCAAGUGACAGAUGGCACAAAAAAGUUAGAAGGUUACGAGGUCAUGAAAUGUGGCUUUAGUUUGGUCUAUGCAUCUGAUGAGUUGCAGGUUAAGUCUGGUGAAUACGGAACCAAUGUUGAAACAAAUCAGGACAUAACAUCUUCAAGUUGGGUUGAAGAUUUCUUUGGUUAUAUCUUUCUGGCAUUCUCCUGCGUGAUCGUCUUUGCAAUAUUGAGUUUGAGUGUGAUUGUCUUUGCUCCUCAGUAUUACUUGAGCUUCUCAGGUUUCUGUUGGGCGUUACUUGCUCGUAUUCUUUUCUUUGUGGCAUUUGGAUUGUUUCUCAAGCAGGGCCACGUGAGAAAAAGAAAGUGAUAAUCUGAAUGUCUGCUUCAUUUCUGUCUUCGUCUGUACGUUUUUCUCCUUUUUCUCCUUUAAAACUAUGAUCUGUCUGUCAUCUGUUAAUAUGACACUUCCAUAUUUGUAUUUAUACACAUCCUUAUCAGCGUCCCGCAAAAAGCGGAAAAAAGACCGGAGUAACUUUGUGGAAUUUCUUUUUUUUUUCUUUUAAAAAGGGCUUUACUUUGUGAAA